AUGCAGGCGUUUCUGGGUGCGGCAUCGGUAGCAUCGGUACCGGGAUUGCUCGCUACCCACGUCAACAUUGCCAUGUAUGCCUUUGCCUACUGGCUGCAGCAGCCGGUCCUCCCGUUCAUCUCGUCGGAGCUCGGAGCUUCGGCGGCGACGUUUGGCCUCCUCCAGUCGGUUUUCUCGGGCGCACAACUACUGGGCGGCCCGGUCAUGGGUACGAUGGCGGACUCGUUGUCGCCGCGGGCGAUUCUGGCGAUCUCUUUGGCUGCAGGCGGCGUGUCGUAUGGGCUACUCGCCCUCACUCACUCGCUCCCGAUGCUGUUUGCGUCCAAGCUGCCGUCGGCAGCGAUGCACGCGAUGAUGGCAGCACAGGCGUGCGUAUCGACUUUGUCGACACCCGAGGCGCGGGCGCAGGCUCUCGGGCGGCUCUCGCUGUCAUACGGCCUGGGGAUGGUGGCCGGCUCAGCGCUCGGCGGCUCGCUGACGCGGGUGGUCUCGCUCCACACGGUGGCCGGCAUGUCGGCUGCUGUCUCGUUUGCCACUGUUGCCGCGACGUAUCAGCUGUUGCCGGAUAAGGUGGGCGGCGAGGGGCGGAGAAAGGAAGCCGAGGAUAAGGACGCGGCCAGUCCUGGAUUGGGCGCGUCGCUGAAGCUCAUGGUCUCACCGGCGCUUGCGCCGGUCAUGCUCUUUGUGGCUGCCGUCGGCCUCGCACUCUCGAUGCAGCGGGCGACGUUCUCGAUGAUGGCCAAGGACGCGUUUGGCCUCUCAUCGGAGGAGCUCGGAUGGACGAUGUCGUACGGCGCGCUGCUGGGGCUUGUUGUGAACGUCGUCAUUGUCCCGCUUCUCACCUCGGUCAUGUCCGAGAUCCAGACCUCGAUAGCCGCCGCCGCGCUCCUUGCCCUCGGCUUUGCAGGCUAUGGCUCGGCAGCGUCGCUCGCGGACAUUGUGGUUGUUCUCGUCCCGCUCACAGUGGCGAGCGCGACGCUCUACACUGUCACAACAGCGCUCAUCUCCAACGUCGUCCCGGCCGAACUGGUUGGCUCGGCCAUCGGCUUGCGUCACGGCCUCGGCUCGCUGCUCGGCGUGGUCGCGCCAGCGCUGGCAUCGGCCAUUCUCGCCGCGUCGUCACCUGCCGGCCUCGCUUACGUCUGCGCCGGCCUCGCGGCGGCGGCGGCGGUGGCGGCCCUUGUUGCGCGAGCCUGA